CUGCUCCUCCUCCCCCUCUGCCAUCUCUUUCUCUUCCACUCCUCUCCUCCUUCCCACGUCCCUCACUCCCUGCCUCCCUGCCCGCCCGUCACGAGUCCCACGUUUCCCUACAGAGUGAGAUGCCAUGGAGGCCAGAGGAAGAACAGCCCUGUGUGUCUGCUCUAUUCUCUUCACACUAACAGACGUCAGCCCUGACUUCAUCCACGUCCCUUCCUCCAUCCAUCAUGGUAUCGAAGGGGAGUCCGCCCUCCUCGCCGUUGAGACUCGCUUCCGGCUGGAUGAUGUUGACAUCCAGGGUACUUGGUCCCACACCGGGGCGAACGGCACCACGACCACGUUGAUGACCUUUACCAAAGACAUCAACAUCCCUGACAUGGCGUACCGCGGCCGCCUCCUCUUCAGGAAACCCAACGUGUCUCUGCUAAUCCAUGAAUUGCAACAGGCCGAUGAGGGGGACUACCACCUGAAACUCAACAUAGCCUUCCAUAACAAGAAAGGGCUUUUUAUCAAGGAGGAGAGAACUGUGCACGUAACAGUGGACGUCCCCGUCUCCACUCCGGUCGUCGAGAAGAGCCCGUCGUACGCAGUAGUUGAGGACCAGGCAAACGUGACCUGGACUUGUUCUGUGGAGCGGGGGACGAGGGUUGUGUUCCGCUGGCUGCGGGACAACGUGGCGCUGGACCUCCGAGACAGAUACCGCUUCUCCCGAGACAACUCUACGCUGUUCAUCGCUCCCGUGAGGAAAGAGGACAAGGGGAGCUACCGCUGUGUGGCCGGCAACACUGUGAGCGAGGGGCGAGCCAGCAGGGCCGUGGAGCUCAACGUGUACUACGGCCCUUACAACCUGGAGGUGAACUCGGGCCAGGGCCUGCGGACCGGAGAAGUGUUCACCAUCAACCCCGGAGAGCUGGUCUUCUUUGAAUGCCAGGCCGACUCCAACCCACCCAACAGCUACGUCUGGAUCUCCAAGAGCCGCAACGCCACCGUCAUCACCCAGGGCCCGCGGCUGGAGGUGCGCUCCUACAAACUGGCCCAGGCCGAGGAGUACCUUUGCCGCGCCUUCAACAACGCCACCCAGAAGCAGAACGAGGCCCAGUUCACUCUGGUGGUGGCCAGCUUAGGGACAGGGAAAGAAAAGCACUCCCAAGACGGCGGCUAUCUAUCCCCCGUGGCAGCCAUUACUGUCUCCUCUCUGUUCGUCAUCGGCUGCAUGUUGCUGUUCUUCCUCAGGAGAACCUGCCAUCCUAAGAGAGUGCUCAUGAGCAUUUACAACAGACCGCUUACGGAGCAGAAAAGACCACAUCGUUCAGGUCAUGAAGAUGCCACAGAAGACUUUGGUAUCUACGAGUUUGUCUCUAUACCUGGGAAAAUGGAAUCAGCACAGGCAUCAUGCAGAUCUCUGGCUCGGCUUGAGUCAGUCCAGGAUAUGCACACCACCAUCUACGAUGUGAUCGGACGUGUUCCCGAAACCCCUAGUCAGAGUCUACUGAACUAACCUGGGGAGUUGAGACGGAAGAGUAGCUUUAUUUUCUGUUGUCGAAGCCUGAAACUUUUUUUGCACAAAGGACGAUGGAGGCUUGUCCACAGUUUGGAACAGAUGUUAAAUGACUUUUGCUGACAAUAUUGUGAGAUGAAGGUGUAUGUAUGGCUUAAAUGUUUUUUAUUUAUGUUAAAAGUACAAACAGUUUUUGGUCUUUGCGUUUAAAACUUUAGGUCGUAUUAAAUCAAGCAAGUAACUCUUAACCAUGAUCUCAUGAGAUACCCUUUAGGUACCCAAACUGGUCAAGUGAACAUAUACUAUGGUUUUAUUUGCCAUCUCAAUAAUAUAUUUCUAAUUUCAUAUUCCCGCCAAUGAGAGUCUGUUUUGUGACAAGUGUUAAAAUGAAUACAUUCUCUUGUAUGAAAUAUUUUUAGGUUAAUUGUAAAUAUUGUACAUGAAUUUUAAAGCAGAUUCUUACUUCUGUUUUUCUUUAAUCUAUUUAUUCCAAUAGAAACACUUAACAUUGUUUCCGCAAAUGUAGCAUUUUUGUCUGCUAAACAUGGGUGUAAUCAAAUGCUAAAGCAAGGAGAAGGAUUAAUGAUUCUUAAAUGAUUGUACAGUUUGCAUUCAUAUGCUUGUUUUGUACUUUAUUAAAGAUAUAACUGUUUACUUCUCUGGGUCAUUUUCAAAAAAGCAUACUCUAUUAUGCCAUUUCUGCAUGUAUACUUGCCCAUUUUAUGUCUUUUUCAUGGAUGGAAUUUGCGGUAACGGUUUGAAAUGAACACUUUCUCUAUCACAGAUCACGAAAAAAAAUAAUAGCCGAAACCAGCAGAGAUGUCAGUUGUGCUUCUUCACGGUCACUCUUUGUCUCCCGUCUUGGCAAUGAUCCGUCUUCUCACAAGUGUAUGAGUUGUUUUUGUUGUCUCAAAUUGGUGCAGAGUGGUUGUUGCUCU